UGUGUGUGUGUGUGUCCGGUGUGUGUAUGUGUGUCCGGUGUGUAGCAUGAAGGAGAGGACCGACUCUGUUGUGUUUUCUUAACCGCAGAAAUGACCAAACACACUCCGUCACACCUCGAGGACACCAGAUAACGAGGCAGAGACGUUUAACCGACGGUUUGGACGCAACUGUCUUUAAUUACUGUUGGCGUCUCACCGCGUUACUAUGUUUUCGGUCGGUAUGUCUCGGUCGUAGCCAAAGUGUCCCCUCAAACCAGCCUGUGUUUUACUGCGCCAGUGACAGAGAUGCGUUUCAACGAGAAGGAGCUGGUGUCCCUGAGCCGCCAGCCCUCAGAGAUGGCAGCCGAGCUGGGGAUGCGAGGACCCAAGAAAGGAGACGUUGUAAAGAAGAGGCUGGUGAAACUCGUCGUUAACUUCCUCUUUUAUUUCCGGACUGAUGAGGAGGAGCCUAUUGGAGCUCUGCUGUUGGAGCAGUGUCGGGUGGAGAGGGAGGACAGCCAGGCCUUCUCUAUUGCAUUUCUGGAUGAAGCAGAGAGGAAGUAUUUGUUUGAGUGUGACUCAGAGGAGCAGUGCGGAGAGUGGGUAGAGUCCAUUAUCAAGGCCAGUUACGAGUUCAUGAGGAAGAACCUGAUAUUCUAUCGAACUGAAAUCCACAGGCUCACUGGCAAGGACCCCCUGGAGCAGUACGGUAUAUCAGACGAAACUCGCUUCCAGGUCAACAACAGCCUGCAACUUACGCCUAGUGAUGCAUCCUCCCUGUAGACCAGUGUCCUGUGUACACAUGUACUUUAUUUUCAUUUUAGUUCGCCCUGCCAUUCCAACAUUCACUCCUCACUGGUUUGAAAACAGUGGCAUUAGCAUAAGCACACCUGCUUUUUAGAUCUUCGCUGCUCUGACUGUGUUUAGUGUUGCUCCAGACUUAGAGAGGUUCUUGUGCAAAUGAUAGCAGAGUUUCUGAGGCCAUGCAAAGUGAUGGCGUGAUAACGCCGUUUAUUUCUUAUGUCAGUCAUUGCAGGUAACAUGGGGGUGUGGAAAAAGUCGACACUGUCUUAUUUUCGGUUUAGAGGAUUUUACAUGCCAUUUUCUAUGCUGUUUUUAGACUUUGCUUCGGUUAAUUGGUUGUCUGUAUAAAACAUGUUUUAUACUGUUUUCUACUGGACACACUGUACUUUUAGACAAUGUGAUUUUGAGAGCGUCUCAUUAUAUUCGCGCUGUAGAGCUGCAGCUGUGACUUUCUUUCAGGAACAUUAGUAAUAUGAUCACAACUGGGCUUAACAAGAAUCAAUCCAGGAUGUAUGAAUAUUAAUCAAGUAAAUGAAUGCUGUUUGAAGAAGCCUAUGAUUAUUAGAUACAAUGCCCAAUUUAGAAAACUUGUGAUGGUAUUUGCUGUUUGAUUUAACCUGCAUGGGCCCUUUGAUCUGCUGAGUUGAGCCACUUAUUUUACUUAUGAGAAAGACGUUUUUAACAAUCCCCACGUCUGUUUAUCAUAUAGGCCAUUUAGACUAUGUAGUUUUAAAAACUAUACUUUUGCACAUAUUACUUUACUGGGUGUUGGGAGGGCUUUUUAAUAAUUAAAAUUUCAAAAACGUACUUGAACCUACUGUACCCUCUCUGUGGCACUUUGAAACAGAUUCCUUUAGAUAAGCUGUUGGACCAGGCUCUUGACAUAAUUUGUCAAUAUCGCACCAACUGCUUUGUCAGUGUAGCUACAACAGAGUAGCAGCUAAUGUAGAAGUGAAAUUUUGCUCAAGCACAUUUCAUUUUGCAAAUUAAAAAAAAUCAUUAAAUAAUUAGAUUGCAGUGAUCAGGAGUCUACUGACAAGCAGGAUAUAUGUAAUUGAAUGUGUCUUUAUUUCACCUUUUGCACAUGAAAUGUGUUAAGUCUGUUCUUACUUCAUGUUAGAUUAUAUUUGUUUCACUUGCAUCUCUUUUUUUUUUUUUACUAAUAAAGCCAUUUGAAAGAUACUGUAAAUCAAUGCAGUGCGUAUAUUUGUAUAUUUAAAGGGUAUUUUUCAAUCUGAACUGUAUUUGCCUGUUUUGUUUCUAAGAUUAAAGGCCUCAUGGGAACAGCA